AAACGCUGCUGCUUGAGUUUCUAAACGCUAAGGUAAACGCACUCUCGGGCAGCCGGAAAAAAAAUUCCGGGCAGGGUAAAAAAACCUGGGAUAGGUAGGGGGAGGCAAGGGGAUUAUGGUUGACAACAAUUUUCCUCCAAAUUAUAUCACAUAAAAAAAAAUUGGCAUGUCAAAUCCACAUGUCAACGACAACCACAUGUACUACCUACUACCACCCUCUAAUCAACAGCACCCUCCGUCUUCCUUCCUCCACCCUCCUACCCAAAAGCCCCCCAUGCUUCUUAACCGCCGCCGCCACUCCCUCAUCUCCUCCUACUCCUCCUCCUCCUCCUCCCCAUACUCGUCCUCGAGCACGGGCUCAUCUCCAUACUCAUCCUCCUCUAACUGCCCCUCCUCAUCGACGUUGUAUCCUUUUGGAAUGGGAGCAUCCGGGAUGUUCCCCGCAAGAACCGCCCUACUCUCCUCGCUGGUUUUGUGCCAGUUGCGCACAACGUUCCAGUUGUGCGCAACAAACACCAAGUCCCGGCACUUCUCGGGCCCGAGACGGUUGCGGCGUGCAGUGUGCACCGAUUCCCACACUGCCCACCCGCGCUCGCAGCUGGAUGCAGACACCGGCUGCGUGAGCACACGACACGCGAGCUCUGCCAGCUCGGGGUGGUCGGUCCCGUGCCAGGUCCACCAGUCCUCCAUACUUAGACUCCCCUCCUUCACUUUCUGCCGCUGCAUUAUUGCGUCGGGUUUGCCGAAGGAACCCCUCAGCUUCAGGAAUGCAGUCACUCCCUCCUGCAGUACCACUACCGCACUCUUCUCCUUUGCCUCCUUACGAUCGAUGGUGAUGGUGCUGCUGUAUCGGCCAAUGAACUCCUUAAACAGGUCGGUGCACUCCUUGUCGGGGCCAAAGAUCUUAGCAACCUGGUUGGCCGGGUUGAGGAUCCGGCCAACAGCAUGCAGUGGGCAAGCCAUGCUGACGUCCCACCGAUGCUGGAUGAUCUCCCCAAUCCCCUCCUUAUCCUCCGGCGCCAGCUGCAAGUCUUCCUUCUUCAACAGAUCAGUCACGUCCACAUCAAUGCAGUCGGCAAACAUGGCGCCGAAGUCAUUGACUAACAUGACGUUCGCUUGCGGCCUCCCGCACCGGUCUGUCAUCAUGUCUGAAGCCACGGUGACGCCAUGCCUCUCCCAAUUCUGUUUGAGUGCAUCAAGGGCGAGAUCGAUGCGGGUGCGACACUCCUUCAACCCCGCUCCUCCAAUGUACGUGCGUUUGGGCGGCACGUACGUUGUUCCCGCACGAGCGACCGCAUGCACGGCAUCGACGAAGAGUGGGUGGUCGGCAUGACGUUCUGGGAUGCGGAGGGCUGCAAACAUGAGGCACAAUGCCGCAUCCGCCUCACGCUUAGCACAUGCCACGCCGUUGCUGAAAUACGUAGUUAUCUUGCCCCGCUUUCCCCCUCCCCCCACGGCCUCCACCGCAUCCGCGACCUCCUUACGCUUCUGGGCCUUGACAGACGCCUUCCCUUCGUAUAGUGCCUGCAUUGCCUCCCUCACCUCCUUUGGCGCCGAGGGACAUUCCUUGACCUCCCGCCGCCCCUGUCCUUCCCACUCCGCGAAAUGCAUAGCGCACCGGUUGGGAAUGCCUACAAAAGACAGCCCGCAAUAACGACAUUCCACCCUAGCUGUGGCGACCCCGGCCUCCUUAACUCUAACUUUGUAAUGCUUGUAAACAUCAUGAUUAGACUCUGCCUCGUAAAUAUUUGACGCUGCAGACGCUGUAGGAUUAGCGUCUGCAGCACCAUUAGGGGGGGUCGACAUGGGCGUGGGCCCUUAACUUAGCGCGAAAUUAGGUGGCAAGGGUGAGUGGGCGUGGGAGAUGAGAGAAUGACGACUAAAUCUGAUCUACGGCUAUGUCGCGCGGAACUCUAGGGUUCCCGUUUCUCAUGGAGAAGAGAUUGUGAUGGAAGAAGGGGAGAAAGUGGUUAGGUUGGAGUGGCCGUAGAUGAACAGGGUGCUGUGCGGUUGAGCGGGGCAAAAGAAUUGGAUGCGUUUUUUGGUCGCUAGGUUGGGAUUUGCGACUUGGCGAAUGUCUAGUUGAAUUCGCCAGGUCGCAAUGUCGCGAAAAAAUUUUGGUCGAUUUUUUCGUCGGGCUGCCCCUAAAAUUUUACCCGAGCGUUUAGCGUUUUACCACGCGUUUAGCGUUUAGCGUUUAAACGCUAAACGCUGCCCCGCCAGAGCGUUUGCGGUCACGUAGCUUUCAACCAAAC